UAACUUCAACCAAUUUGUGUGCGGCGGGCGAUCGCCUCUAUCCUCUCGCCGCGACGCCGCAGUGGUCGCGAUUCAGCGCCGUGUCCGACGUCUCGGCCUCGAGACUUGAGAGUCAGCGCCGCACCCGCCGCGUCUCCCGUCCUCGCGACCUGCGCUGCUACCGCUGCCUCUGCCCGGCCUUCACCCGGGCGCGUCCACCGCACGGGUCCUUAGACGAAGACGGUGGCGCCUCGGGCGGCAGCCGGAGUAGAGCAAGACGCGACGAUUUGGACAGGGGUUGCUGGGUGAAGUCGAUCUGAGGUGCCGCCACGACGAACCGGCUUGUGAUGCGCAGAUCCGGCGAUAGCGCGCAGCCAAAGCCCGAGUUCUCGGGCACGCCGCGGCUAUCGUCACUGGUCUCAUCGUCUUUCUCUCGCCAUUCCGAUCAAGGGAAGGAAGGUGAUGAGGUCUGAACCUACAAUUGAUAUGUGCAUCUGAAAUGUUUGUAACUCCAUGCUACAAGACUGCGUUGGUUGCGAUGGAGAAAACUCUUCAUUAGAUUUUAGUUGAUAGGGUUGGGUGGUUCCUUCUUUGGGUGCGAAAUAUGGAGCACCUCCCUGUCGAAGUGAUUGGCAACAUUCUUUCCCAUCUUGGUGCUGCAUGCAAUGUCAUGGUCGCCUCUGCGGUAUGUCGUAAGUGGCGGGAUGCCUGCAGGAGGCACCUCCGUUUGUUGUCCUUCAAUUCCGACGACUUUCCUCGGGACAUGACUACACGCCAGCUGGAGAUUGUCAUCACACAGACUAUAUUUCAGACUAUGGGGCUGCAAUGCCUUUCAAUUCAUAUCGAUAACACCCAUGAGUUCUCCGCAGCACCUGUGAUUGCAUGGCUCAUGUAUACCAGGGAGACACUCCGGAGCUUGUCUUACAAUGUCAGGACGAUCCCUAAUGUGCACAUUCUGGAAAAGUGUGGUAGGCAGAAGCUCGAAGUGUUAGAUUUGGACCAUAACACAAUCACAGGUGUUGAACCAAGCUGUCAGAGGUUCACCUGUCUGAAAUCCCUUUCCUUGAGGCAUGUCAGCAUUUCAGCCUUGGAUUUGAGCCUUUUAGUUGCUGCUUGCCCAAAGAUAGAGUUACUAGCACUUGAUGUCCUUGAGAUUGUCACUUCAGAUCCACAGUCUACAAUAGAGCUCACAAGCCAUACAUUGAAGAGCCUCUUUGCAAAUUCAGUAGGUGUAGACAAAAUCAUACUUGAUGCUGAUAACUUGGAGGUUCUGCACCUGAAUGCUUUGAACCUUGAUUUGUUCGAGCUUAUCGGGAAAGGAAUACUUAAGCAUCUUAAGAUCGAUGAUGUCAGUGUUACACAUUUGGAUAUUGGAGACAGUACUGAUCAUCUAGAGGUAGUAGACGUAAGCAACUUCACUAUAGUCUGGCCAAAGUUAUAUAGUAUGAUAUCCAGAGCAUCCAACUUGCGAAUGCUACGGUUUUGGGGUGCUGUGUUUGACGACGAGGAUGAGAUUGUGGACUCAGAAACUAUAUCUGUUUCAUUUCCUCUUCUUAGGCAUCUUGCACUGAGUUAUGAAUUACGAGAUGGGUUACUCCACUACAGCCUGCACAGAUCAUCGCCACUGGAGAAUGUUUCAGUUCUGGAACUUGGUUGGACAGUAAUAAGUGAGCACUUCGGACCCUGGGUGUUUGGUAUGAUCAAAAGGUGUCCAAAUCUCAAAAAACUUGUUAUUCAUGGUGUUCUUUCUGAGGCAAAAACACGAGAUGAGUGCCAGAUGUUAGCAAGCUUCACCUCAUUUAUAGUCUGUCUCAUGAGGAAGUAUGUGCAUGUUGAUGUACAAUUUGAGUAUGAGUGACAUCUACUAGGUUCACUGGGCGACCUUGUCCUAGUUCAGUUCAAGCUGUGCCAUCAGAGUUGCUUCUUAUUCUACUUCAUGUGGGCCGUCUGAUGUAAAUGUCAGUCCGGGUGCAUCUCCGUUGCACAUGAUUAAAGAAAGCUUGUAUUGUCCUCUUUACAGAUGCUUGCAUUUGCCCAUAUGCACGACAGCACAGGCUGCAGAACUGAGUGCGCUCCUUUUUCUGGAAGAAAAUCCUCCCCCUUUCUGUUAUUUCAACUUGCAUGAAAUGCUCAUGGUUGAGAUUUAUUGGCUCAUGCCUAUGCCACAUCAUACCAAGACCCUUCUGGUCACAUUCUUGUGACUAAUUUUGAAUCAAAAUUCUUUCAGAGGUACUGUAAAGUUUUUUUUUAAAAAAAAUUGUAAGUUGACGACUUCACGGUAAAGUAUGAUUGAUUCUCUUGGAAAAUUUCGCA